CUCUCGCGAGACUUAGUGUGUUGUGGAACAGCUGACUGGGCUGAGGCUGGUAGUGAUUGCGAGCAUUUGCCAACCUGAAAACAGAAUAAUUGCCUUGUAGCUCUUAUAUUUUGUUUGUACUUUGUCGACGCUUGUGUUUAUUUACCCGACGCCAUGGCCGAGACGGACCCCAAAUCAGUGCAGGACCUCACCAACGUGGUCCAGACACUGUUGCAGCAAAUGCAGGACAAGUUCCAGACCAUGUCGGACCAGAUCAUCGGGAGAAUCGAUGAGAUGAGCACACGUAUCGAUGACUUGGAGAAAAACAUUGCUGACCUGAUGACUCAGGCUGGUGUUGAAGAGGUCGAGGCAACAACGGAAAAGCCUAAAGAAGAUCAAGGAUCAUAAUAAAAAAGGUUGCUAAAUAAGGUCUGAAGUCGGUGCUAUAUUCAGGAGCAGCAGACUUUUUCACGGAAAAUUACUUCUUUUGGUGUGUCGUGUGAAAUAUUUUUUUUAUAUAUUGAAUAUUGUGAAAUGGUUACAGUUAUGUAAUGACUUGAAAAGUUGAACCUUACGUGUGAGCUAGAAUAGUGAUAUGUCUUGAACUUUUAGUGCAGAAGCCCAGUUUAUGGAUUUGGUGUAUCAACCUGGAGGUUCUUCAGCUGCCAUCAUUUUUUGAUCAGAUUUCCUUUAUAUGAUGGCAGAGGGGGAGUCUGCUUUGUCCCAAUCUGUAUGAAGAAGUUAAACCCACAGUCUAACUGGCCAGAAGAACUUCCAUACCAACAUGGCACAUCAAACAUCUGUAACUCACAGUGUUUGACAAACACCACUGUUAGUGCAAAGGUGCAGGAUACAUUCCACUUCUGACACUCUUCUAUUAAAGCUAUUUAGUACAA